AGGCCAAUCCAUUGUCCCCGAUGCGUGGCAAGUUGCCAAUUGUAUACCAACUCAUCAGUUCGCAUGCUAAUGCACUGUCCCCGAUGUGUGGCAAGUCACCGACUGUAAACAAAGUUAUCGGGUCACGUGCUAAUGCACUGUCCCCGGCUUCUGGCGAGCCACCGACUGUAAACCAAGCCACUGCAAAGAGGCGUCCGGGACGUUCGGGGCAAACCUGCUGCAUUCCGGGAUGCUCGAAGAAUGACACAAGGAACAAGGAGGUCUCUUGGCACAAUUUCCCGGCCGACGUCGAGCUGAAGAAGCAGUGGGUGACGCAGAUCAACCGAGCCAUGCCGGGCCCGUUUUGGUGGGAACCAAAACCCAGCAACAAAAUCUGCGGGGACCACUUCAACGCCAGCGGAAGGAGGAGGUACGAAGACAAGAUCCCAAGGUUCUUCCCCCCAAGGCCGGACGCCGAAGCCCCGAGAGCAUCACACCUAAUUACAGCCGCCAUUCAGCAACCUCUGGUCGUCGUCAGUGUACCGAAAGAGGAAGGAAGGAAGCGUACAUGGCAGGGACAUUCCAGACAAACUUGCUGCGUGCAAGGGUGCCGAAACAACGACAGGAGGAAGAAGAACGAGGAGCUCUCUUGGCACAAGUUCCCGGCCGACAUCGAGCUGAGGAAGAGAUGGAUAACGGAAAUCAAUCUAGCUCUACCAGAGGGGCAACCAUGGUGGGAGCCAAGGGCCAGUAGCAAAAUCUGUGGGGCCCACUUCAACACUAGUGGAAGGAAGAAGUACGAAGAUAAAAUUCCAAGGUUCUUCCCCCCGAAGACGAAUCCCGAAUCCUCAAAAACGCCACGAAAUCCAGCACAGUCGUUCGCAGACCUGGAUCAUGUACCAUCGAUCUUGGGUGUUCCCUCAGACCUGACCUUAGCUGCCCAUGAGCAACCUGGAGUUGCCGUCAGUUUACCCAAAAACGAAGGUGAACAAGAGUUUUUACAGUCAGCAGCAGUACAUGGUGAUGGAAACACGCCGUUGGGAUCGACCAGCUUCCUUUUGAAGGUCACCGAAGACGUCCUGUUCCGGUGCUGUUUCUGCGCCCACGUCACCACCGACCGGCGCGGGAUCGUGAGCCACCUGGUUUCCCACGACGAUGAACAACCGUCCGAGUGCCAGUACCGUCCCACUUCGUUUGGCUCCACGUCCAUUUUGCGCCACCACAUUCAAAAGCGGGCGAGAGACAGGUCGUUGAAGUCCUCCGGCUCGAUUCAAGCGUGCAAGGACGAGCACCAGCAGUCUCCCGAAGCCUUCACGCAGAACAGCGGCGUAACCAAUCGCGUUUUAGCACAGACGAGCGACGAAAAAUCUUACAGGUGCGAUCUGUGCCCCAAAACCUUUGCUGUGCAUGACAGUCUGGCCCUCCAUCGUCAAACGCACGGGGGUCAGAAACCUCACAGGUGCAAGCUCUGCCCCCAAGCCUUCGUACAGCUUACAAAUUUGGUCGACCACGUUUGUACGCACACAAAUAAAAAACCUUGAAAG